AUGGAUUCAACAGAUUCCAACAUUAAGUGUUCUACAAAUUACACAGUUAAAAAUUUCAAUGAUGAAAUGAUGGAGAUCUUCUGGGAUGUUAGAGAAAAAAUUCCUGACAUAAACGUGACAAUGUUUUAUUCAUUUGAUGAAGGCGAAUGGAAGCAAUGCCCCCAAUAUAUACUUGACGAAGGAUACAACACUGCAUGUCUCUUUCAGAUUGAAGGAGAGGAUUUUCAGAUUUCUAUCAGGGAUACAAAUGGGACAAAAGAGCUCUACUCUGGUGAUAUGGAAGAUAGCUCACUGUUCUUCCAACCCAACCCACCUGAAAAUGUAACAUUUCAGUGGGCAGAUGAAGAAGUAACCAUAAAGUGCAAGAGGCCUAUAUAUCAAAGUUGUAUGGAUUUGGAACUUCAGUACAAAAGCAGAUUUGAUCAAGUUUGGCAGUCUAGGGAAAACAAAUGCUGCAAGAUUGAAAUCCAAGGGAUUGAUCCAAUGAUGUGCUACUCCUUUCGACUCAGGCUGAAAUUCCCUUGCGGUGUUUAUAAAUUCAGUGAAUGGGGAGCAGAGUCAUUUUGGAAAAAUGGCAAUUCCAUAGAGUCCUGUGAUAGUGAUGACUCCAAACCUGAUCUAAGUAUUGUCCCCCUUUUAACUUUGGCGAUGGCUGGCCUCCUGAUACUAUUCGUUUUUCUGCUGUGUAUUUGCAGGUUGAAAAGAAUUAGGAAGACCCUAAUGCCUGUUAUACCAGACCCCAAAAAUAUAUAUACUGAAUUGUUCAGUGAUCACAAUGGAAACUUUCAGGAAUGGAUUAGCAAAACCGAGAAUGCAUUGGUUCAAACAAAGCUGGAAAGUGUAGAAGAAGAAUGUAUAAUUGAAGAGGGAAAAGGUGAAGAUCUCCAAGUAGGCAAAUGUUCUUAAACUAGAAACCAAGAAGAUUCGGUUUGUCUGAAGGCAGCAGACCUUCACAGGCAACAUUUGUGGCACAAGACGGACUGAAGCAACAACAGAUCAGUUCCCCGACUCCAACCACCUGGUUUUGCCCACACAUUUAUUUCUGACCU